AUGUUGAAGGUCCAUCAAAAUGCCAUUUCCAAUGGAACCAAUGGAACUAAUACGACGAGGCCCAUGAAACGAAGUGAAUUCCCAAAUGAUUUUUACUUUGGAGCCGCAUCAUCUGCUUAUCAGUAUGAAGGUGCCGCAACUGAGGGUGGUAAAGGAGUAAGCAACUGGGACCACCACACUCAUAGAAAUCCAGAUAAGAUAAAGGACGGCAAGAAUGGAGAUGUGACCGUAGAUUUUUAUCAUCGAUACCCGGAAGAUGUGGCUGCGAUGGCGGAUUUGGGUUUCAAUGGUUUCAGAUUAUCGAUUGCAUGGACCAGAAUAAUACCAACUGGGAAGAAAAGUAAUGGAGUGAAUGAGGAAGGCAUCCAAUAUUACAAAGACCUCAUCAAAGAGCUUCAUGGACAAGGUAUUGAGCCUUUCGUGACUCUUUUUCACUGGGAUGUUCCUCAAGCCCUCGAAGAUGAGUAUGGUGGUUUCAUGAAUUCUAAAAUCAUUGACGAUUUCCGAGACUACGCAAACAUCUGCUUUGAUCAAUUUGGGUACGAUGUGAGGCAUUGGAUCACCUUGAACGAGCCAUUUGAAUUCACCACUUUUGGAUAUGUUGAUGGCACCUUUCCUGGCACUCUGGAGGAUCUUGGGACAAUACCAUAUACAGUGGGCCACAACAUGCUCUGUGCUCAUGCAGCCAUAGUGGAUCUCUACAGGAACAACUACCAGAAAUCCCAAGGGGGAAAGAUUGGAAUUACAUUGAGUAUUAAGUGGAUGGUUCCUUUAUCCAAUGAACAUACCGAUGUUGAAGCUGCUGCAAGAGCUAAUGAUUUCCAAUUUGGAUGGUUUAUGGAUCCUGUAACCUUUGGAGACUAUCCGAGCAGUAUGCAACAUCUUGUCAGGGACCGGCUGCCAAAGUUUUCUCCAAAGGAAUCUCUCAUAUUGAAAGGGUCAUACGACUUCCUUGGAGUGAACUAUUAUACUGCAAAAUAUGUUACUCAUGCCCCUUACUCUCCUUUGGAACUACUGAAAUUACAGACUGGUUCAGAAUGGGUCCAUGUCUAUGCGAGAGGGAUACAAGAUGUUCUACUUAGCAUAAAGGAGAAAUAUAAUGGCCCCGUUAUUUACAUUACUGAGAAUGGAAUUGCACAACACAGCUCAUUGACAAUGGAUGAAUCUCUCAAUGAUGUUCAGAGAGUACAAGCCCUCAACGACCAUCUAUUUUACAUUAAGUGUGCCAUGGAUGCUGGUGUAGAUGUGAAGGGAUACUUUGUGUGGUCUUUGUUGGAUAACUUUGAAUGGCGUUUGGGUUAUACAGAACGCUUCGGUAUUUACUACGUAAACUUCAACAAAGAACACCUGCAGAGAAAUCCAAAGAAUUCAGCCAAAUGGUUUAGGAAAUUCCUCUCUGAAUAA